AUGCUCCUCCGGUCGCCGCCGCGGCGCCUCCACCUGCUCCGCCCGCACCGGCUUCGCGCUCUCUCCAACGCUGCCGCCGCGGCCCUCGCGGGCCCGCCCCCCGCCCCGACCGAGUGGACGGAGGCGCCCGUCGCCUCGGUCCGCGCGGCCACCGCCGACGCCUCCCUCUUCCACGUCUCCCUCGACCUCUCCGCCCACGGGCCCCUCCUCGCCUCCCACGUCGCCGCCGGCCAGUUCCUCCCCUUCCGCCUCCCCUCCGCGCCCUACCCCAUCUUCCUCGCCAUCUCCUCCCCUCCCCCGGCCUCCUCCUCCGGGUCUCCUCCCAAAUCGUUCGAUUUCCUCGUCAAGCGCCUCCCCGGCACCCCCUCCGCGCGCCUCUGCGACCUCCGCCCCGGCGACCUCGUCCCCGUCGGCGGCAGCGUCGUCGGCCGCGGGUUCGAGGUAAGCAGGAUCGCCGACGCCCGCGACGUCCUCGUCUUCGCCACCGGAUCCGGGAUCAGUCCAAUCCGGUCACUCAUUGAGUCAGGUUUUGGUGAAAGUGAGAAGAUUGAUGUAAGCCUGUUUUAUGGGGUGAGAAACCUUCAAAGGAUGGCUUAUCAGGAAAGGUUCAGUGACUGGGAAUCGAGAGGAAUAAAAAUUAUACCUGUUCUCUCUAGACCAGAUGAUCAAUGGACUGGCCAGCGAGGCUAUGUUCAGAAUGCAUUUUCAAGGGCAAAGAAGGUUAUAAAUCCAUCAUCGACGGGAGCAAUUUUGUGUGGACAUAAACAGAUGACUGAGGAAAUUACUAGAGCUCUUGUUGCUGAUGGUAUGUCCAAAGAUAAAAUCUUAACAAACUUCUGA